UUUUCUGCUUGACAGUUCACGUAACGUCGGAGAAGAUAACAUAAAACGUCAAGUGGAGUUCAUUAUCACUGUUGCUUCAACUCUCGAUUUCAAAAACAUCGGUGUUAUCGCCUAUGGCUCAGAUGCCCAUUAUCUGAUUAAACCGGGACAAGAAUCCAGCUUCUCCGACUUUUCACAUGUAUUACGAACGGCUAAUUAUUCCUUGGGAAAGUACAAGAACUUAGGAAAAGCAUUGAUCAAAUCGUCGGAAGAAGCAAAGUUUGAUGAUUCCAAGGUUUCAAUUGUCGUCGCUAUGAUCGCUGGGAAGGCUGAGGAUGAAUACGCAGUGCCUGCUGCAUUGCUUCAACAGAAUCACGUGACCAUCAUCGGUUUGGUUUUGGGAUCCAAUUACAGCUUAUCCCAGAUAAACCAUCUAGUUACAAAUCCCAACGAGGAGCAUAUAUUGAGGUCGGAGUUUGCUGAUCUGAAGCAUUUCGCUAGUACCACAAGAAGCGCUAUCUGCAAAGCGGCAAAUCCGUGUUCCAGCGCCGACUGCACAGAAUCAGAAAUUUGUGUGAACAAAUAUGGAGAGAAUGGAGGAUAUCAGUGCCUUCAAGAUUCUUGCUCUCUCAAUCCAUGCAAAAAUGGUGGCAACUGUUCGGCUGAUGGCAUUGGAAGAUACAACUGUACAUGUCCUCUGGGAAUUGGAGGAGAAAACUGCACAGAAGAUGUCCUGAAUGAGUGUGAUUCAGGGCCCUGCAUAAAUGGAGGAACGUGUAAUGAUCGUCUUGGAAAGUUUGAGUGCGAAUGUUCAAACGAUUACUCUGGACGACAAUGUGAACUAGGCAAGGAUUUUUGUGAAAUAUUUAACAUAAUUUGUUCAUUCGUCGUUUUGAAUUUUUUUUGUUUCUUGGACUUUUCGAAUCAGUUUUGUUGUCAAUGCCAUGUCAAUUGUCAGUGUCUCUCGCAAAGUCAAUGUGAAAGUCAAUGUCCAUCUUGUGUCAGACAAAAGUUCAACUUAGUCUUUGUAGUCGAUGGUUCUGGAAGCAUAGAAUCCCAAGGAAAAGGCAACUUCCAACGUUCCAAAGACUUCAUUAUUGAACUUGUGCGUUCCUUCAAGAUUGGGAAAAAGGACACAAACGUUGCUCUGGUAUUGUACUCAAAGAAAGCCAAUGUGGUGUUCGAUUUAGACAAAUAUGAUAAAGUUGACUACAUUGUGAAAGCAAUCGAUAAAAUGUCUUAUCCAGGUGAUUAUACAAAGACUGGUUAUGCGCUGGACAAAGUGCGCACAAAGGUUUUUAAGGGUCUUAAGAAGGACCGAAAAUCGCUACCAAAGGUUGUGUUGGUAUUGACAGAUGGUAUGUCACAAGAUGACGUGGCAGGCCCUGCUAAAAAGCUACGUGACGAGGGUGCGACUAUCAUCAGUCUAGGCGUUGGUUGUUGCUAUGACGACCAAGAAUUGAAAGAAAUGGCCUCUGAUCCAGACGAGGAGCACGUGUUUGAAGUGUCUUUUUCAGCUUUGAGCGAAAUUAAAGGUGUAGUGCGAGAACAGAUCUGUACUGCGAUCGACUUCUGCUAUAGUGAUCCGUGUCAAAAUGGUGGAAAGUGCGUCAGUCUGCUGAGUGACUUUCAAUGUGAUUGUACACCGGAAUGGGAAGGAAAAGAAUGUGAAUCUGGUUUGUAUUUACUAGGGAUGCUUCCGUAUCUGUGUUACACGUGGCGGUUAAGACAUGCCAAUAUAAUAAUUGCAUUUAGUAUAAAUCUACUAGCCGCCGACUGCACAGAAUCAGAAAUUUGUGUGAACAAAUAUGGAGAGAAUGGAGGAUAUCAGUGCCUUCAAGAUUCUUGCUCUCUCAAUCCAUGCAAAAAUGGUGGCAACUGUUCGGCUGAUGGCAUUGGAAGAUACAACUGUACAUGUCCUCUGGGAAUUGGAGGAGAAAACUGCACAGAAGAUGUCCUGAAUGAGUGUGAUUCAGGGCCCUGCAUAAAUGGAGGAACGUGUAAUGAUCGUCUUGGAAAGUUUGAGUGCGAAUGUUCAAACGAUUACUCUGGACGACAAUGUGAACUAGGCAAGGAUUUUUGUGAAAUAUUUAACAUAAUUUGUUCAUUCGUCGUUUUGAAUUUUUUUUGUUUCUUGGACUUUUCGUUUUCUUGUGUCAGACAAAAGUUCAACUUAGUCUUUGUAGUCGAUGGUUCUGGAAGCAUAGAAUCCCAAGGAAAAGGCAACUUCCAACGUUCCAAAGACUUCAUUAUUGAACUUGUGCGUUCCUUCAAGAUUGGGAAAAAGGACACAAACGUUGCUCUGGUAUUGUACUCAAAGAAAGCCAAUGUGGUGUUCGAUUUAGACAAAUAUGAUAAAGUUGACUACAUUGUGAAAGCAAUCGAUAAAAUGUCUUAUCCAGGUGAUUAUACAAAGACUGGUUAUGCGCUGGACAAAGUGCGCACAAAGGUUUUUAAGGGUCUUAAGAAGGACCGAAAAUCGCUACCAAAGGUUGUGUUGGUAUUGACAGAUGGUAUGUCACAAGAUGACGUGGCAGGCCCUGCUAAAAAGCUACGUGACGAGGGUGCGACUAUCAUCAGUCUAGGCGUUGGUUGUUGCUAUGACGACCAAGAAUUGAAAGAAAUGGCCUCUGAUCCAGACGAGGAGCACGUGUUUGAAGUGUCUUUUUCAGCUUUGAGCGAAAUUAAAGGUGUAGUGCGAGAACAGAUCUGUACUGCGAUCGACUUCUGCUAUAGUGAUCCGUGUCAAAAUGGUGGAAAGUGCGUCAGUCUGCUGAGUGACUUUCAAUGUGAUUGUACACCGGAAUGGGAAGGAAAAGAAUGUGAAUCUGAUGUCGAUGAAUGUGCAGCCGGUGUGACUCAUUGCUCCGAAAACCAAGUUUGUCAGAACUUUCCUGGAGGCUCGACAUGUCUGUGUUCAAGCAAUCGAUAUGGGGAAAAUUGCACCACGCAAUGCCAAUCUACCCAAGUUGAUGUGGCCUUCCUGUUGGACAGCUCUGGAAGCAUAGAAAGUUCUGGGGAGCAUAAUUACCAGAUCAUGAAAGACUUCAUCAAAGGGAUUGUCAGAUCGUUUGUAAUUGGUCCGGAUGACACGACAGUUGCUGUGGCAACAUUUUCCAGCAAGUCCAAGUUUAAGAUCCACUUUGAUUUUACAAAGUACACCACAACAGCAGACAUUGUUGAUGCUAUUCAAAAUAUCCCUUUUUAUGAUGGAUAUACUUAUACGGGUGAUGCCUUGAAUCAUCUAAGAACAGACCUCUUUCCACUGGCAAGGGCGGACGUCCCUCACAUCCUCAUUGUCCUUACUGACGGUCGCGCACGAGACAAAGUAAAAGACCCAGCAAAGCGUCUCCAUGACAUGGGAGUGCAUAUCAUUGCUGUUGGUGUUGGCGAUGCAGAUUAUAAGGAACUGGAGGAGAUUGCAAGCGACCCUGAUGAUGAGAAUGUCUUUACCACAAGUUUUGAUUCAAUUGUAAAUCUUGCUGGUUCUAUCCUCGAGGACGUUUGUAAAGUGGUUGAUCAUUGUUUUGGAAGCCCCUGCAGAAAUAACGGCACAUGUUAUAAUGCCUUGAAUGACUACAACUGCACAUGCCCGGCGGGUUUUUCAGGAAAAAGCUGCGAGGUUAGGAACCACUGUUACGUUAGUCCCUGUCAGAACAACGGAACCUGUCACAAUCUUCCUGACAGCUACACAUGUGAUUGUCCUGUAGGAUCUUCAGGGCUAAACUGCGAAGGUAAGUCGCUUGUGAAUUUGGGUCGGGUUUCAUUUUCCAUGCACGAUAAGCCUUGCCUUGUCGUUAUUAAUGAGAGAGAAUCACUCGGUCACGCAGCCUCCUCUGAAGAUAUAUCUAUGGUACGUAAAAUAGUGAUAGACUGUUUUGCUGUGUUUUCAGUCAUAGAUUACUGCUUCAACUCACCGUGUCAAAAUGAUGGAACAUGCCAUAAUCUCGCAGAUAACUACACUUGUGACUGCCCUGAUCAAUAUACGGGACAUAGCUGCGAAGAAAUGGACCAUUGCUAUGAUGGUCCAUGCCAAAACAAUGGAACAUGCCACAAUCAUUUGGAAAACUACACUUGUACUUGUCUUGAGGAAUUUACAGGACCAAACUGUGAAGUAAGGAAUCAUUGCCAAAGCAUCCCCUGCCAAAACAAUGGAACGUGUCACAAUCUUCCAGACAGCUACAGAUGUGAUUGUCCUGCGGGAUCCUCGGGGCUGAACUGUGAAGUGAUGGAUUAUUGCUUCAACUCGCCUUGCCAAAACAAUGGAACAUGCCUCAGUCUGUCCGAUAACUACACAUGUGACUGUCCCGAUCAGUUCAUAGGACAUAACUGUGAAGUGAUGGAUUAUUGUUUCAACUCUUCCUGCCAAAACAAUGGAACAUGUCACAGUCUUGCCGACAAUUACACAUGUGACUGUCCUGAUCAAUUUGCAGGAAACAACUGUGAAGUGAUCAAUUAUUGCGUCAACUCACCUUGCCAAAAUAAUGGAACAUGCCUUAGUCUCUCGGAUAACUACACAUGUGACUGUCCUGAUCAAUUUACAGGACAGAACUGUGAAGUCAUGGACCAUUGCUACAACAGUCCUUGCAAAAAUAAUGGAACAUGUCACAAUCUCUCGGAUAACUAUACUUGUGACUGCCCCAUGGAGUUUACAGGCCAUAACUGUGGAGGUUUGUCUUAUACUUUUAGAAACGAAAUCCAUAACUACCUACCUUCUUUAUCUCUACCACCUUUUCAGAUGGACUAUUGCUAUAUCUCUCCUUGCCAAAACAAUGGAACAUGCCACAAUUUCGCGGAUAACUACACAUGUGACUGCCCCGAACAGUUUACAGGAGACAACUGUGAAGUCAGGAAUCAUUGCCAAAGCAGCCCCUGCGAAAACAAUGGAACCUGUCAAAAUCUCCCAGACAGGUACUCUUGUGAUUGUCCUGCGGGAUCUUCAGGGCUUAACUGCGAAGCUAUGGAUUAUUGCUACAAUUCUCCAUGUGAAAAUAAUGGAACAUGCCACAGUCUCCCGGAUAACUACACAUGUGAUUGCCCAGCAGAAUUUAAAGGACAUAAUUGUGAAGUGAUGGACCAUUGCUAUGAUAGUCCUUGCCAAAACAAUGGAACAUGUCACAACCAGGUGGAAAACUACACUUGCUCUUCACUCGACCCAUGCUCCAGUAAUCCAUGUCAAAACGGCACGUGCAAUUCCUUGAGCAGCGAUUACACAUGUACCUGUUAUGCAGGUUAUUCAGGAAUGAAUUGCGACAAAGGUUUGCAAACGUUUAUACUCACAUGUAUUACAAUAAACGGAAAUUAUAUAUGCGAUGAUCCUUGCAAUCCAGAUCCUUGCAAGAAUGCUGCUACAUGUCAAGUUUUGCCACUUAACUCUUAUUACUGCGCCUGCCCUGCGGGGUGGACUGGGGCUAACUGCGAAGAAGAUAUCAAGGAAUGUUCAUUGCCUUACAUUUGUCAAAACGGAGGAACUUGUGAAGAGAGAUUGGGCGACUAUUAUUGCAAUUGUUCAUUGGGAUAUGCAGGGAAAAAUUGUGAUAAAGGUACGGUAAAGUUUUAUGCUUUGUAUUAA